AUGGGACGCACACCACACAGAGAUCAGAAAGAGGAGAAGAAGGAGCGGAGGAGCGGCCUCACAGCGGGGUCUGCUCUCGACAAAUCCACUGAACCAUUUUGUUGGGAGGAUUAUCUAAAGGAGACCUCCUCGAUUGCAGCGCCGCCUUCAUGCUUCAAACAGUCCCUAGAUCCUCCGUCCAAUGACUUCAAGGCGGGCAUGAAGCUGGAGGCGCGGGACCCUCGUAACUCGAACUCCGUGUGCAUCGCCACGGUGAUGGGGAUGGUCGGCACGCGGUUGCGGCUCAGACUGGACGGCAGUGACAACACCAACGACUUCUGGCGAUUGGUCGAUUCGUCCGAGGUCCAGCCAAUAGGAACCUGCGAGAGGAGCGGCGACAUGCUGCAGCCGCCUCUGGGUUUUAGGAUGAACGCUUCCUCGUGGCCUAUGUUCCUUCUUCGAACUUUAAGCGGAGCAGAAAUGGCCCCGAGUUCUGUAUUUAAGAAGGAACCAGCGAGCCCGCCCAAAAACCUGUUCCAGGCCGGGAUGAAGGUGGAGGCGGUGGACAGGAAGAACCCGUACCUGAUCUGCCCCGCCACUGUGGGAGAGGUCAGAGGGUCGGAGAUAUUUGUCAUGUUUGAUGGAUGGAGGGGCGCCUUCGACUACUGGUGCCCCUACGACUCCCGGGACAUAUUCCCCGUGGGGUGGUGCGCCAUGACCAAACACAGCCUCCAGCCUCCGGGGAACUUCUUCACGCUUCCCGGUGCGCUCCUGGCUCCGGUCUCCUCCUCGCUCACCACUCGCCGCUCGUCACUCAGCUCAUCCCUCAUGCAGACCUCCUACCGCCUCCCUCACCCCCUCCCCCCUCUGCCCGUGCGGAAGGGGGUCCGGGGCCGCAGACCCAAGUCCCAGACGCUGGCGCUCCUCAAGGCCGCGGCCGAAGCAGCGGCAGCAGAGGCGGCCUCCAGCAGCCCCUCCAGGACCAGCCCCGCAGAGCUCAUACUGGCCCCCCGACCCCACAAGAAGAGGGGUCCCAAGCCCGGCAGCAAGCGGAAGCCUCGUCUGGUCCAGUCCUCGGGGUCUUCCCCAGUGUCUCCUGCUCCAUCAGAGACCAGACUCUCCACAGACAGUAACCACAGCAACGGUUCCAAUGUCGUCUGCACAGUGUGUGUGUAUGUGAACAAACACGGAGACUACGGCCCAAACCUGGAUCGUAAACUGGUGCAGCAGCUCCCGGACCACUUCGGCCCGGCUCCGGUGAAUUCUGUGCUGCAGCAGGCGGUCCAGGCCUGUGUGGACUGCACCUUCCAGCCCUCGGCCCUGCUCAACUUCCUCCAGAGCCAGUCCCACAGCGGAGGAGAGGUCAUCCGAGUUCGGUCGGACCACGGCAUCCGGUACGUGAAGCUGCCGUCUGUGUCCAGCGCCUCGUCCGUGCUGCGCUUCUUGGAAAACCUCUGCUCACAUCUGCAGAGCGACAGCAUGUUCAGCUCGCAGCCCUUCAGCCCCUUCACCAACACCAACACCGUGCGCUACUAUGAGAGGAGCAAAUCAGAAAACGGUCUCUCCAGUGACUCCUCGAAGGAGACGCGACCUCAGCACAACGCCAGCGCUGAUUAUCGAGUGGCAAAGAAAGAGCGAGUGUUUUACCCGCAGCUCCCGGCGCCCCCCGCUCCCCCGCUGCGGCGCGUCACCUCCCACCCCUCGGACAUCGCCCCAGUGCACAGGAGAGUGGAAGCUCCCAGCUCCACCACAGACGCAGACCACAUGAAGCAGGACGCAGAGAUCCCGGGGAACGACGCCUCCUGCUGGACAGUGGAUGAAGUGGUCCGGUUUGUCCAAGAGGCAGAUCCACUCACACUAGGGCCUCAUGUGGAUCUGUUUAGGAAACACGAGAUUGACGGCAAGGCUCUGUUGCUGCUGCGGAGCGAUGUCAUCAUGAAGUACAUGGGACUGAAGCUGGGACCCGCCCUCAAACUGUGUCACCACAUCGAGAAGCUAAAACACUCCAGACCGUAA